AUGUCAAAAGUCGACAAAAAAGAUACAGCCAGUCCACCUCCUAGACGCGAACUGUCAGAGUUUGAGCGUGGAGGAAUUAUUUGGCUGUCCAUCGCAGAACAUAAUCCAACUGACAUUUCGAGAUACAUGAGCAUUCCGCGAACAACGAUCUGCGAUACAAUCCAACGUUGGAAAAAUGACGGCACUACAAAUACAAAACCUAGACCCGGAAGACCAAAGAAACUAAGUGUAACAGACGAGAGAAGCCUUUCUCUGAGUGUUAAGCGCAACCCCACUGAAACCUAUGCAUAUCAUCAAGCAAGUCUGGCAGCUGCUGGUGUCAGUAUCUCUAAGCAUACAGUUAUUAAAUACAUUAAGGAAAACAACCAUAAGACUAAAAUAGCUGGCAUCAAGCACCAAAAGAAAGAGCACAAAAAAAAAGAGAAAGCAAAGGCAGUAAAAACAUAA